ACCCAUAUUUGCUCUGCUUAAUGGUUAAUAAUGAAUACUGUGUACAAGCCUGGUAUAUAAAUCACAGGUUUAAGAGGAUCGUAGUGCAGAAGGGUGCUGCAAUAUUCUUUUGGUGAACUGUAAGUAAGCUAUACAUUCUUUUUCACUCCUCUCUCUAGCUUGUUUUGGCAUAGCUUAUGAUAUCCAGUGUUUAUUUCCUUUCCUUUUCUGGGUUAACAUCCAUGCAGAACUAAAUCAAUCUCUGUUUAAUGUUCAGACAGAUUGGGAUUUAUAGGCUAGAUCAGUGGCUAUAUUCUAAGUGGAGAUUAAUCUCAGAUGCAGCAACUUGUUAUGGUAGCAUGAAAUCUCACCCACUCCCAUUACAUGACGGGUUCAUCAAAACGAAAGCUCAGAAGUUCCACGACAGGUGGUACAGAGCAGCCCAGUAGAGUCACUUCUGCACCAUAAAGCACAUGGACAUGGCAGAUGCCAGAAUCUUCCUCUGCUAUGUAAAAGGAAAGGGUACCACUGCACACUUCUUAAACAAGUGCCUGCAUGUUCGGGCCAGCAUCUAAGAAUAUGAAGAAUUUCUUUGUUUCUGUGUGUGGCUGGCUGCAUAAAUGACUGGAACUACUGGCACAGUGCUAUUCCCAUUCAAGUUGAUGGCAGAAUUUCAUUAAUUUUAUGACAAAGCAGGGAUAAACCAAAGUUGCCUAAAGGGGGUCAGUUAGGAUUCUCAGGUAAGCAUCAGAAUGAAAAUGAAAUAGUCUUUGCUAUUCAAAAGUUGAUUUCAAAAUGAUAUGUGAAAAUAACUAUAUACAUAGAUACAGGCAUAUAUAGAUAUAGAUACAUAGUUGUAAAAAUUAAUAUUACUAUGUUAAAUUCCGAAAAGUGUGAAAACUUGAGAGUAUCACAAAGAAAUAUUCCAUGGUUAAAAUGUGCCAGCUUUAUUUUUAAAUAAUAAACUUCUUUAAAAAACAAACCAUUGAAACACUGAAAAACACAAAUGUGGAAACCAUUUUCUAUCAAAACUCUAUUCUGUAUGUAAUUUAGUGAAACUAACAACAUUCUUUCUUACGCCACUCACAGGAAAGGUGAAUUAUUUCUGUUGUAUAAAUGUAUAGGUCUAGGGCAGAAUUCGCCUUUGUUGCAGAGUACACAUGCAUUUUUGGAUUGAUCCUUUAACAUCUUGUGUGGGAAUUAUCAGCAGAAGAAUUGCAAAUCCCAAAUGAAGCUGGUCAUCACCCUCUCCUUGUUACUGAUUAGUCUUGAAGUCCAGUGCCAUCAACUCCCAGGACACAACGAUGACCAGGCUAGCCAAGGAGACAAGACAUUACUGGAACAUCCACAUCUUUCUUCAGAAGAACAGAGACAGGAUUCCUCCAGCUAUCUUAAGAUAGGUCCCAGUAACUCUGACUUUGCAUUCACAUUCUACAGGAACAUAGCUUCAGGCGUGGGUUCAAGGAACAUUUUCUUCUCCCCAAUCAGCAUCUCUGCAGCUUUUGCACUGCUGACCCUGGGUGCCAAGUCGGAAACCCAAAGUCAGAUUCACAAAGGACUCGCGUUUAACCUGUCAGUAACUGAGGAGAAUGAGAUACACAAAGGAUUCCGCCACCUCAUCCAUGCCCUUCACCGCCCGGAUAACAAAGCACAGGUGAAGAUGGGAAAUGCCUUGUUCAUUGAGCAGUCGUUGAAGUUUCUGCCUAAGUUUUUGGAGGAUGUCAAAACCUUCUAUGAAGCAGAAGGCUUCCUCACCAACUUCACCAUUCCCAGAGCGGCCAAAAGGCAGAUAAAUGAUUAUGUGCAGAACAAAACUCAGGGGAAAAUAGCCCAUGCGCUUGAGGACCUCGAUCCAAGCACUAUACUGGUUCUUGUGAACUACAUCUUCUUCAAAGGUAAGUUGGAAGAGUAAUUAACUGAAGGGACUGGCAACACAAAUUUCCUUUAAGAGGAGUGCUCUAGUUCAGGGCUCCAGUCAGCCCCGAAUUAGGAGCCUUGGAACUCACUCCCACUAGAGGCAGUAAUGACCACCAUCUUGGAUGGCUUUAAAAGAUGGUGGGACAAAUUCAUGGAGGAGGAGGCUUUCAAUGGCUCCUAGCUAUUGGCUAUGAAUCCCAGUUGCUGGAAACCUCAAGAGUGGAGAUUGCUUAUGAACUCAUGCCCUGCUUGCAGGUUUCCCCACAAGCAUCUGGGUGGCCACUGUGAGAACAGAAUGCUGCAGUAGAUGGGCCAUUGGCCUCAUCCAGUAGACUCCUAUGUUCUUACGCUUGCAGUGCUGUUCAGGGAAUUUCAGUACUGGGGAAGGGAAAAGAGACACCUUUUCUCUCUGCCCCCCCCCCUACACUUCCCCUGCUGUGCUGGGUACCAUUAGAAGUUUGCCAGUCCCAAACCUAAGUGCUUUAUAGUUAUAUGGCAGAGAUGGGCAUUCCAUGCUGAAAAUUGAGAAAAGGGAAAAGAUGUGCCUCUUUUCUUAUUUGAGAGACGAAAUGGUUCCAUUUUCCUUUCUUCCUCCUGAAACUUCCCUAUAAUAACUCAAGGGGUGAAGUGAGAGCUAUUAUAAUUAGCAUUAGCAUUCAUUGUGUUAAUAAUGUUAUUAUUACCAUUCUGAAGAAAUGUUAAAAUAUCCCUGUUCACCCAGGCAUUUGAUUGCUAACAGAUACUGCUCCUGGCAACCUUGAAAUUAUGAGCUGUAAGGAUAGGCCACUGUUUGUAAAUGUUUUUAGAUGUUCUAAAUGUGUUCUUAAUUAUCUUGAUGUGCUUAUUCAUUAUUAUUUUUUGAAUUGUAUUGUCAUCCUGCUUUGCUCUUUGCCAUCCUGGGCUCCUUUGGCAGGACAGGCAGCACAGAAAAUUAAUAUCUUCAUAAAUUAGGGCAUGCAAAUUCCAGCCCUAAUCCCAGUUCCCCACCCAAGAUGCUUAAUAUAAGCAUACCUACCCAAAUACUGCAUACCUGCUGUUCUCAUUCCUGAGCACUAUGCGUAUAAAGUAUGAUCAUACCACUUUAAACAGUCCUGGCUUCCCCCAAAGCUUCCUGAGAACUGUAGUUUAAGGGUGCUAUUCCUCUCACAGAGCUACAAUUCCCAGAGUGCUUUUACAGUCAAUCUCUUUUCCCAGGGAACUCUGUGAGGGGAAUAGGGGCCUCUUAAACUCCAACUCCCAGGAUGUCUUGGAGGAAGCUAGAACUGUUUAAAGUGGCAUGAUAUUGCUUUAAAUUUACAGUGUGGAUGGGGCCCUAGGCACAUUGCAGUCAUGAGGGGAAACUUGAGUAGAAAAGUGCUAAGUGGCUGCAUCUUGAGGCUUACUUUUGUCAUCCAGUGGACUCUCUCACUGUGAUUAAACUGAUCUUCCAAGGUCCUUAAUCAUGCAAGGAGCCUUUCUGCUCCACAAGUUACACUAGAAGACAAGGAAGCAGAAAGCACCCACAUGACAGUAGGGACAGGGCUAAAGCUCUGGCCCUACAGCUCUUUUCUACUUUUUUUACCCUUCCACCAUUAUAAUAUCUGAAGAGGGCUGGAAUCUGCCUGGCUCCUGCUUUCAUUAGACUGUUUCUCUCUCCCUUUCUCUGUGGACUGGAAUACCAUUGAUCUUCUGAAAGGAACCUUCUGUCACAAGUUCUUCUCAGGCAAUUUAUGUAGCUUUAAUUUUUUUAAAAAGACAAUGUUUUAUUUUUUAUUUUUUUUAAAAAAACCACAUUUCUGUAUACCUAGGAGGUCCUCCCCAAAUAUUUAAAAACCACCUUUCCUGUUGCUUCCAUUUUGUGAUCAUUUUUUCCCCAAGCUGAUAGGCAUUCAACCAGCUGACAUCCCUAUUAAAGGGAAUAAGUGGGACCUGAAAUGCAAUGUUGCAGAUAUAUAUCCCUGUUAGGUGGGCAUACAAACAUGUAACGAUGGCAACUUUUUAAGGCUCUGAUAAAUACUCAUUCAUCUAAAACUCUCAAGAGCUGUUGUGCUCACAUCUUUCUUGUGUGUUUCCCAUAGGCACUGUGAGAACAGGAUGAUGGACUAGAUAGAAAAGCCAGUUGGAUCAGACCAAUGGCCUGUCCGCUUAUGCCUUUUUGAAAAAAAUGUUGCUCCUGAAACAACAGAGAAGGGUAGUGGAGAUAUCAAAUUUUUGUGUUGGUAGUUGGGUUUUAGAGCAGAGUAUACCACCAAUGAAAUUGCAGCCUGCCAUGGAAUGUCAAAUUUAAAUUUGUUAAGGAGAGCAAACUUCCAGUAAACAUGAGCAGUUGAAAAGAAAAAAAAACAAAACAUGCUAAAAGGUUCAACAUAAUGAAGUCAGAGAGGAGGACAAGAGACUCUUUUGGUAGAAGCUUCAUCCCUUUGCAUGGCAAGGCCCCAUGACCACCCUGUUCCCUAAGGUGCAAAUAACUAGACAACACACAGCUUAUUGGGUUUUGGGGAUCAAGUAAGGCCACAACUUUAUUGGUUACAGAUACGAAAGGUUUGGCCAUAGGCAUUGAGGUAAGCAAUGGCGCAUGACACUCCCGCCCGUCUGCCAAGAGGGUGAAGCCAGUGGUCCGCAUUGGAAAAGUGGGAUGGCCCUAGCUCCCAUCUGGGCAUCGUACAGGAGCUGCCUUUUAACAGGAUCUCCUUACUCAUGGAGGGGCAGACAGAGGCUAUAACCUCCCCUCCAACCAAGUCUAGGUUUACCCAAUGCCUAACCACCUUACAAAGUUGUGACAAUUGCUAUGAGGCAGCCAAAAACCCAAAUGAUGGAGCCAGUUUGCCAGGUGGAAAUAAAUUCCUGACCGGGCCCUGAAUCUAGCGACCGACAUUGUCCAUAGCAAGGUCGUACCACUGGUAAAAAAACACCAACCCUAAUCUGAGGGAGGGUGGGCGGGAGAACCGGCACAGAGAGAGAGGCCAAAAGACCCUGCUGGCUUGAUAUUUAUCCUUCCCCUGGGCAUGGUACCAAGUGCUACUACUGGUCAUUGGCACCGUGGCCAGGUGAUGCCCCAUGCAUCACUGCCACCAUUGGCCAAUUUGGUGGCAGGAAUACAAUCUGGCUGGCAAUAGGCCAGUUCAUAGGGGAGACACAGUGCCUGCCCACCCCAGGAGGGUCACCUGCCCCAGGAGGGCAAACGAACUUACUCUGUGAGUAUUCCACUGUGUCCCAUUGACAUUUUCAUUAUUUUGUGUACUGUUUUGCAAGCAGCUGCUACAGUUACGUAUUUUUCACUCACCAGACGCACCAGACCACAAGACGCACCUAAGUUUUGGAGAAAGGAAAACAAGAAAAAAAAUAUUCUGAAUCUCAGAAGCCAGAACAGCAAGAGGGAUUGCUGCUCAGUGAAAGCAGCAAUCCCUCUUGCUGUUCUGGCUUCUGGGAUAGCAGUGCAGCCUGCAUUCGCUCCAUAAGACGCACACACAUUUCCCCUUACUUUUUAGGAGGGAAAAAGUGAGUCUUAUAGAGCAAAAAAUACGGUAUUUUGUCUAGGUUUUAGGAUAUAUAUUUUUAAUCACUCACUUCUAUGCCUCUUGCAUUUCCUGUACUUACAUGAUGAAAUACUUACCUAUUGCACACAAAGUUGCCUUUGGAGGGAAUUAAAAAUCAUGCAACUCUUUUGCCUAAUCUUUUUCUUCCAAGCUUACUGGCAACACCCUUUUGACACUCACAUGAUCCGGGAAAAAGACUUCUUUGUGGAUGCAAACACUACGGUGAAAGCCAGCCUGAUGUAUCGAAAAGGCUACUACAAAUACCUCCAUGAUGAAGACUUGUCUUGCUGGGUGGUGGAGAUUCCAUACAAAGGAGAUGCCACGUCUUUCUUCAUUCUGCCUGACGAAGGAAAACUGGAGCAUGUGGAAGGUGCAUUGGUAAAAGAAAGUCUGUCUAAAUGGAUAGCAUCUUUUAAAACAGAGUAAGUCUUUUCUCUGCACCGUUUCUUCAAAUGCUGCUAAUUCGAAGAGUUGAAGCUUUUUGUUUUAAAAGGAUACCACAUAUAUAUAUAUACCAGUUUCAGGGGGCCACUGGUAAGGACACCCCAUAGACCUAACCUCGGCUACUGCUGUCAACCCCCUAACCUCAGGUUUAUCUAGAUGUGGGUUCAGGCUGGCCGAUAUCUGGUUUUCAACACUGUGACAUAUCACCAGCUAAACAUUGUGAUGUACCGAUAGAUCACAAUGUCUGAAAUAAGGAUGGAACUAUGCAGAGGCAAACAGUAGGGCUCAUGUCAGGAUGCUGCCAGUGGCUCCUGGCUGUUUGCCCAGGAAAGUAUAAAGACAAGAAAAGGUUUCUUGCCAUCCUUUUUGCAUUUCAAUACUUACAGUGAGAGGCUAUAGAACCCAGCCUCUUGGAUAAGGGCAUUGUCCCGAGUGAAUGUCCACCCCACCCCCGUCUCUCCCACUUCCUCCUUCAUCACUUCUAUGGGUGCUGCUAUGUGCCCUCUGCCUUUGAGCUCUUUGUUCUCCUACUUUUAUGGCCAGGUUCUGGGAGAUGGAGGGUCUGGGAUGCUUUCUGAUGGCACUGUGUCAGCCAGCUGCCUUUCCGCUUCUGCCUCCUCCUUCUCCUCUCCCAUUAUUUCCCAACUUUCCCCCUCAUCUGCCUCUGAGCUGUGACCCCCAGCAAACCCCUGUUGUAAAUCUAUACUGUCUUCCUCUUCCUCUUCCCUAGAAGGGUCAGGAUGGGGACGCAGUCUCCAUCAUUCCUUCUCUACCCAGUCCCUGACACUGAUGGUUCCAAUCUGCCUGAUGAGCUACCUGUUUUCGAGCCAUAGGCUCCCAAGGUGUGAGGCAAUGGGAGCUUCCCUGGGAGUGAGUCCUCUGAAUCUGAGGAGCCCAUUAAAAAAGCAGUGAGAACUCUCCAUCCCAUGGGCCUAAUGGAGCCCAGUAGGGGUCCUAAUUUGUUCUAUUAGUUCAUCUCUCCCUAAACCACAUUCACCUGCCCACACAAGGCAUUAUAUAUGAUGUUAGUUGUGGGGCAGGUUAUGACACAGCACCUUGGCAUAAUAACUGUGGUUUGCAGGUGCUGCCAAUCAGCUGAUCACCAGCACUUGCAAACCCCUGAGAAUUUGCCGCCGUGAUUUGAUUUCAGCGGACAUUAUGGCGAUAUCAGUCCCACACACCUGUCAAAAUGGCACAUGGCAGUUGCUGGAGGUCAGGAUCUGGCCUACAAGGUAGAUCCAGUUCCUAACUCCCUCUACUAAAGCAAUGUAUUCUGGCCUGGGAGGACUUGGAGUGGAGAAACAGUGACCCUUUAAGAGGCUUCAAGAGACCCUUCCUAUGCACUGGGGCCCUUUUCCAAGCUUGCAUCAAGGCCAGGGAAUGUCACUGUGUGGGUCAUGACUCAACAGCUGAACACCAAUGAAAUAACAUAUGGAUUCUUUUUCUUUUUCUUCAUCAGCAAUGUACGUCUUUUCAUCCCCAAAUUUUCCAUUUCUGCAUCCUAUGAUGUCAAAGACUUAUUACAGAAGAUGGGUGUGCAAGACGUCUUUAAUGACGCUGCUGAUCUGUCUGGCAUUACCGGAGAACGUGACCUGAUGGUUUCCAAAGUAAGUGCUUUCUCUCUUUGAUCAAGUGCUUCUUUAAACCUUCAUGCUCUGUCAUUUGGUCCUUGAUUAAAAGAGGACAACAUUACCUCCAAUAAUUUCUCAGAAGCACGUGAAGAACAUCUGAGAAGGAACUCUUUUUGUUGAUAUUUUUCUCAUUUGCAGGAAGCCAUGAAAACGUUGCAAAAUGUGAAUCACAGAUCCAUACCAUACACUUAAAGUGAAUUCAGUGCACAUUUAAAGCACAUGCUUCCCUCAAAGAAUCCUGGAAGCUGGAAUUUCGCCUCUACAGACUUACAAUUCCCAGAACCCUUGACAAACUACAGUUCCCAGAAUGCCCUGGGGAAGGUCAUGUGCUUUAAAUUUGCAUUGAUUGUGCCUUAAAUCUAGACUCUGCCACACUUCCUUUUGUGCUGCAUUUCUAGACAUGGGUCCUGGCUUUCCAGGUCUGAGCAGAGAUUUAUUAUUAUUAUUAUUAUUAUUAUUCCCUGUGCUUUCUCCAGGAGAACCCUUGUUUUACUGCUGAAUUUGAGCAAAUGGCAAUCAGGUUUUCAAGCAUUGUCAUUUGCUCUGAUUCAGCAGUAAAAGGUGGGUUUUCCUGGGGGAAAUGCUGGGACAAAAAAAAACCACCCACAAAAACAAAUCUGGGAAACCCAAACCUGUGCGUAGAAAGCAUGGAGUGACGGGAAAUGUGGGUGAACCUUCAGUGACGUUGGUUUGUCUUUAGACUGACACCUGAAGAAUGUAUUCUUCCAGGAGUCUCAUGGUUAAAUGUUGAUUGGAUGGUACAUCAAGGUUAUCUGGGCACUGAACAAAAGAGAACACUGAAACAAUUCAAACUGCAAUUCAAAUAAAACCAGUGAAUACGGCAUAAAAAUGCAUAGGCAAAAGUGCUACACUCCCCCUUGAAGGAGCAGGUCCACCGCUGGGGGUACAAAUUGAUCCACACAGUCCCUGAAAGUUCAUUGGCCUCAGUGGUUAAGAGUGCCUGUUUCCUGCUACAUAGUCCCUUUUGGACAGAGAUGACUCAGCCAUGGUACUCCCUGCUCUGGUAACUUCCAGAAUGCAUCAUUGCAAUCUCUGCUUUGUGAGGCAGCCCCUGAAAAUUACUUGGAAACUUCAGCUGAUCCAACAUGCAGCGGCCAGAUUACUAGCUGGGGUUCCAACUAGAACCUGCAUAAACCCACAUUUUAAACCACCUACCUGGUUGCCAGAUUGCUUCCAGGCCAAAUUCAAGGUGCUUUCAUUAAUGUUCAAAGCCCUAAAUGACUUCAAUCCCAAAGGUCUGAAAUACUUUCCCCUUCUCUACAGCCCCCCUUGGGUGGUAAGACCAGCAAGGGAGAUCCUCCUGGUAAUAAUAAUAAUAAAUAACAAUAACAACAACAACAACAACAACAACAACAAUAACAACAAUAACAACAACAACAACAACAGCAACAAUAUUUUAUUUAUAUCCUGCCCUCCCCAGCUGAAGCUGGGCUCAGAGCGGCUAACAACAGUAAAAUAAUACAACAUUCUAAAAUCAUUUCAUUAUAAAAUCAGUUCAAAUCAAAUGCCCUCAGAAUUCAGGGAAUGAGGGCCUGGGAGACAGCAUUCUCUGCAGCAGUCCCUAAGUUGUGGAAUUCCCUCUCCACAAAGGUGUGUCUUUGUUUUGUAUUCCCCAUCAUGUGCUGAAGACACACUUCUUUACCCUGACUUUUGACAGCGCAGUAUAUUUUGGGACGUACCAUACUCUUGUGGACUUUGGAGACAUUUAGAAGACUCAAUUUCUCCUCAAAGAGCUACAAUAGCCAGAGCAGUUUAACAUUCAAUCCCCCUUCCCGGGGAACUCUGUGAAUUGUAGCUCUGUGAACAGAAAAGGGGUCUCCUAAGAACUCUUAGCACCCUGGACAAGCUACCCCCAGGAUUCCUUGGGGGAAGCCAUGAUUGCUUAAAGUGGUACAGCACCACUUUCAAUGUACAGUGCAGAAGGGACCUAGGUUGCAGUAUGUGCUUGUUUGUAGUGUUGGCAUGGUGCCCAGGACAUUUUCUCCUGUUUGUGAAUGUGCUCACGGUGCCCCCGCCCGCCCCUCCAGGUUGGUAACCCCUGCUUUAGCUAAAAGAUCAAACACCCUCUUGGAUUUGAAGAUCAUUGUGGACAAGCUAUCACAGAGAAAGCAAUUACAGUAGAUAGAGCAGCUGCUUCAGGGAGGUCUAAUGGAAAGAUCCUCAGUAUGAGAACAAUGAUCAUCACAAGGGUGUCCAUAUUCAUCUGUGAACUACUGGAGAAUGUGACUUGCAGACAAUGAUAUGUUGUUCUUUCCUCAUAGGCCAUUCACAAGACUGUGCUGGAUGUUAACGAGAGUGGCACUGAGGCAGCGGCAGUCACCACGAUAGAGUUUAUGUUCCGUUCCGCUCCAUUUCAACCUGUACUUACUAUCAGUUUCAAUAGACCCUUCCUGAUUAUUAUUUUAGAUAAGGCAACAUGGAGCAUUCUCUUCCUGGGGAAGAUCAUCAACCCUACUGUGCAAUGACUAUUAGAAGAGCCAGAGUAUUACAAGUACAGCCUUUUUAGGAGAUUAAAAAACUGGAUUUCCCACUUUGCAUUUUCUUAGCCCAGUCCUGGUGGUGCCCAUAACCAGUUGUCUCUGGGAUGAAUAAGAAGACGACUGACUUCAAAGCCAUUUUAUAAUAAAAAUGAUUUUAAAACAUUGUGA